AUGGAGAAAGCUCGCCCCCAGCUCUCGACGAUUCCGCCAGAGCUCAUUUAUCGCAUCAUCUCACAUGCACCAAAGUCGACUCAGCUCAUAGCACGAUUGCUGAGCAAAACCUUCUACUCUCCAGCCACUUCCGAAGCUUUCAAACACGUGCGACUUAGCGAGACAAACGCAAUGCAAUUCCAGAGAAUCGCGUCGGCGCCGGGACUCAGAUGCCACGUUCGACAGAUCACAUGCGAUGCACGAGAUGGCAUUGUUUUGAACAACGGUCCGCCUGAUGUGUAUCGACCUGGAGCAUUCCUUGCAGUUUUGCCUUCAAUCAGACUCUUCACGAAUUUGAGAGUCUUGAACCUGGUAUUCAGGCGUUAUUUGGACGCUUUUACGCCAAACGGGCGCAAAUACAUAACAGAGGAAUCUGAUACCAUGUACUUCUUCAGGAAAUGGGUCCUGUUUGCCGCAUUUCACUGCAUUGUAGGCAGACAGGUUGUGCCUUCCGACUGUUUCUUGAUCACUCUCCCACCUCCUCUCAUAAAGACAUUGUUGUAUCUCGGGAUUCAAGACCCUAUACACUGGGAUUUCCUGAAGGAAUGCCGGUCUUCCAUUCCAUUGGAAGAGCUCUCGAUAACGAAUCUUUGCGAGAUGGGUACAACCCGGGGUGAGCGGAGCGAUGCAGCAGCUGAGGAACACUGGUGGGCCUUCCGAGAGGUCGCAAGUCUUCCAAGUUUUAAGAAGCUCAAAUUGAUGAUUACACCCAACAGAAUUGAGCCCCGAGAAGACGACGAGUGGCAGGAGCCUGCAGUCUACUCCACAAGAGAUCGAUUCGCUUUGGUCGUGAAGGUUCUGCCAGAGUGGUUCACCCCGUCUGCCGCCCGCAACCUCACUGUUCUGUCUCUUCACCACGACGAGUUGUGGGGCUAUGCACCCAAAUUCGACUUUCGCACCAUUGGUGCUGCACCGGAUCGGGGUCUUCCACAGCUACGAACUCUUUCUUUGUCGAGGUUCUGCUUCAGUCAUGAGUGGCAGAUCGACUGGAUUGCAUCUCUCGGGAAGGGAGGUCUCAAGGAGCUCUACCUGGACGAUUGUGUGCUACUGUCUGUGGCAUACUGUACAAUUGCCUCAGGAGAGGCAAGAACAGAGCCCACCUGCAUUGAGGAUAUUGAUGGCAACAAGAUUCAACUAUCCAACCAAGGCUACUUGCCGGUCUCGUGGCAAGGAGGCAACAGCUGGGACCAGUGGUCAGUGUACUACCGCUCCAACCUCCAGUGGCACCAGUUCUUCAACCACUGGCGCAAGUCGAUGUCUUCUUUGAUGGUCUUCAGGAUGGGCUCUUCGGAGGCCCAUAAAACAUGGUCCCACGUCAACUUAUCCGACUAUUGGCUGGAUCCCCUACCUCGAACCACGAUCCCAUUGGGUGCCCACUUCAUCUUCCUGAAGGAAAACGCCCACAACAUGUUCCACGACGAUGCCUGGCGCGAAGACGCUAGGAUUGCUGAACUUCGAGUUCCAUUCUACGUCAAAUACAUGCCGGAGCCCCUUGAUGGCGAUAACAAGGAUCUUCGGCCAUGGACCUUUCUGCCACCCAUGAAGCACGGAGCCAAAGGAAGCGAGCAAGCGGAUGAAGAGGAUAAGAAGCAGGAGGACGACGAUGUGGUGGCACUUUCAAUACUGAGGCAUGAGAUGCAUACUCGCUCAAUGGGUUGGACAUCAUGA